AUGUCGUCGACUUCAACAACCAGUGUCGCACAGGCGGGCAUUUUGAGUGGCAAAAAUCCGGCUGUGUACGACUCUAGCAAUCCGAUUUUGAUGUUUAUUAUCCAGGCCGGCAUUAUCAUAAUCUUUUGUCGUCUUCUGCACUGGCCGCUGUCCAAAAUCCGUCAGCCUCGAGUUAUCGCUGAAAUUAUUGGGGGGAUUUUGCUCGGCCCAUCGGUGUUCGGUCACAUACCCAACUUCACAGACACCAUCUUUCCAUCAGCUUCAAUCCCAACCCUAAAUGCUGUAGCCAACUUGGGACUCGUGUUUUUCUUGUUUUUAGUUGGCUUGGAGACAGAUCUGAGAUACCUGGUGAGUAACUGGCGCAUCGCAGCCAGCGUUUCAAUCGCAGGUAUGGCCUUGCCUUUUGGGCUCGGAUGUGCAAUUUCGUACGGCCUGUACAACCAAUUUCGCAAUGACGCCGGCAUCGUGCAUGUGGAUUUUGGGAUCUAUCUACUUUUCAUCGGUAUUGCCAUGGCUAUUACGGCUUUUCCCGUUCUCUGCCGCAUUCUGACAGAGUUGAAGCUGCUUCAUACGAAUGUUGGUGUUAUUGUGCUUUCUGCUGGCGUUGGAAACGACGUCACCGGUUGGAUACUACUUGCGUUAUGCAUAGCACUUGUUAAUGCGGGCAGCGGAAUCACAGCAUUAUGGGUGCUAUUAGUUGCUGUCGGCUACAUAUUGUUCCUUUUUUGUGUACUGCGCCCUGUCUUUAUAUGGUAUCUCUGCAGGACUGGUAAUCUAGAAGAGAAGGGCCCCAGUCAAUCUGCCGUGACAGUGACACUGCUGUUGGUAAUGGCAUCCGCAUUUUUCACUCAGGCUAUCGGCAUCCAUGCCAUUUUUGGCGGGUUUGCUAUUGGGCUAGUCUGUCCGCAUGAGAGAGGAUUCGCCAUCAAGCUGACAGAAAAAGUGGAAGAUUUAGUCGCAGGUAUUUUUCUGCCUUUGUACUUUGCUCUUUCCGGUCUUCAAACAAACCUGGGCCUUUUGGAUACAGCAAUAGUAUGGGGUUACGUGAUCGGAAUCAUUGCUAUUGCUUUCUUUGCAAAGGUGGCUGGUGGCACCCUUGCUGCUAGAUUUACAGGUCUACUAUGGCGCGAAAGUUUUACAGUUGGGGUAUUGAUGAGUUGCAAGGGUCUGGUUGAGCUCAUCGUUUUGAACAUCGGUCUAAAUGCGAAAAUUCUCAGUCAACGCACAUUCACCAUGUUUGUCCUGAUGGCCCUUGUGACAACUUUCCUGACAACGCCGCUUACCUUGUUAUUGUAUCCUAAAUGGUAUCAAGACAAGGUUUCGCGCUGGAGACGGGGCGAAAUCGACUGGGAUGGCAAUGUCAUAGAUCAAGCACCUUCAAGUGGAUCCUAUGAUGGAGCAAACAAACCAUCACUGAGACCAAUUGAAAAAUUAACUGUCUAUCUCCGCCUUGACAGUGUGGCCAAUGUCUGUACUUUCAUUGGGCUUCUUGGAACUGAUGGCAAACCAAGUGAGAGUACUCCCCGCGAACAUUAUUCAAAGCGAACAGAGCCCAAAGUCGAAGACCAACACGACGCCGGGGAAAUCGGAAAACUGCCACUUUUGCAUGCCCACGGGAUUCGUCUCAUGGAGCUUACUGAUCGUCUGUCCAGUACAAUGCAAGUCUCCGAGAUAGAAGAUUAUUCUUUCUGGGACCCAGUUGUAAACGUCUUCCGCUCAUUUGGUCAAAUAAACAACAUUCCAUCAGAAGGCCGUGUCUCGGUUAUCCCAGAAACUUCAUAUGCGGAUGCAGUGCUUGAUUUGGCUCGUGAUACCAACUCAAACCUGCUUCUUGUUCCUUGGAGUGCCAGUGGUGGCCUGAGUGAUCGCCAAAGUGUAUGGCCGUCCGAGAAUUCGUCAACUACUACUGAUUUCCCCUAUUCCUUAUUUGUGUCCGAUAUUUUGCGAGGUAUCACCUCCUCAGCACAGUCCGGCACGCAUGUUGGUGUUUUGGUUGACCGAGCCCUGGACAUGCCGAGCCAGGAACGCCAUGCCCUUAAGCGAAGUGCUCACACAAGGUCUCUGCCAAAUAUCCGAACAAAUUUGGCUUCUUUGACUACUGGAAAUCGUAACCAGCAUAUUCUGUUUCUUUAUAUUGGCGGUGCGGAUGAUCGGUUUGCUCUCCGUCUGGUCCUUCAGCUUGCUCGAAAUCAACUGGUUACGGCAACGAUUGUGCAAAUUGACGUCCCUUACUCAGCAAACUCUUCAAAUUCGACAGAAAUUAGUGACAGGGAUCCCCAGAGCUCUACGAAUUCGGACAGUUUGCUCAAGGAGAAAGAGAUAGACAACAGCUUCUUCACCUCUAUGCGGGAUUCUCUUUCUUCAGAAUCAUCUUCUCGUGUUGUCUUCCGCACGGUAUCAUCGGUAGAUUCAAGUUCCAGCGUAGUCAAGCUUGCACUCGAAACUGCCAAUAACGAAGCCAGCCAAGCCCAUGGCGAGACCAACCUACUCAUUGUUGUUGGGCGCCGCAACACAGGAAGCGAUCCAUCUUCAACUGACCUUGGAGACAGAUCAGAUACCCGUUCAGUGCUUGGCGUAGUUGGCGAUGCUGUGGUUCACGACGGUCCCAAAGCUAGUGUUUUGGUUGUGCAAGUAGCGGGGAGUACAUAA